UGACCUUUCUUUCUUUUACGCUCAUGUUGACUUUAUGUCUCGCAGGCCUGGCAUGCCUUUCUCUACCCUUUGUCCUUUCUUCCGUUUAUUUCAGGCCAAAAACUGUAGCCUCUAAUGCUGCAAAGUUUGGACAUGUCCUCAAGAACCAUGUGACCCAUGCGCGUUUCCUUCCUACGCCUUCCAAACACGCCUUCAGCUACCCUACUGUGUCGCUCUUGGUAUCUCUGAAGGCCUUAGAGUCUGGAAAGCUUGACCUAGGUUAUGGUUUGAUAUUUCGCUAUGGUGGACUGUGGGGAAGACUCACUGGACUGAGGGCGGAUCCAUAUCUGUCACCCCAAAGAGGGGCCGAGUCGAUACUCGACAAAUUGAACGCUUUUCUGGCCGCGCACGAGUAUGGCGAGAAUAUGCUCGACGACGCCUGGAUGAUGACGAUGCCCAGUUACCUGGGAUUUGAAGGCAUCAACCCUCUGACCGUGUAUUUUUGCUACAAAGCUGGGGUCUUAUGGCUGACUGUGCUUGAAAUUCAUAAUACGUUCGGUGAAAGCCAUGUUCAUGUCCUAGAAGUGGGAAAAAGAGAGGAUCCUUGCAGUACUGGAUUUGAUCAUCAAUGGACCUUUCCACGGGACUUCCAUGUGUCUCCAUUCAACGACCGGUCCGGGUUUUAUACAAUACACUUACGAAAACCUAGCCAUCCUCCAGGUGAAGACUACACCCCGUACGCACCUCCUUUACCCGUCGUUCGCGUCGAUCUGUAUACAGAAAAUUCAUCACGUCAAGCUGUACCAGGGCAGCUCAAACUGUCUGCAACGCUUCGAACUGAUUCUGCCGAACCGCUGGAAACGCGUUUCCUUCUUCUUACCCUCCUUGCUGCGCCUUUUGAUCUCUUCCUCUCAUUCCCGCGGAUUGCUUACCACGCAUGGAUACUGCAUUAUUUAAAGCGUCUAGAUGUGUUUAUCAAGCCCGAUCCAAGACCUGUUAACUCAGAACGGAAAUCAGUGCCGGGUGGCGGGAUAAAAUGGCUUGGGGAAGGCAUCUUCGAAGCCUACGCACGAAGACGGCUUGAGGUUUAUCUCAAACGGAGGGUCGGAGAGACGGGCGUGGUAGUUCGAUUGGUGCCAAAUGAUCUGGGGGCGCCGAGUUCGGUUUUCCAUCCCGGGAAACGGGAUGACGAUCACCAGGAAUUAACUAUUCACUAUCUUUCAGGAAAAUUCUUUACCGUUAUAUUCAUGGCACCUUCUGCUGCUCAUGCAUAUCUCUUGGGAGUCCGCUCCGAAGGCAUCUUUACUGUGUCUUCAGAGGCGCUUUUUGUCUCUGUUUUCGAGCCGCAGUACAAGGCAGGACAUCUUAGUAGGAGACAGUGUAUGCGGCGUAAGGCCGUACCUUCUUCGCUUCCGUUACCUAUUCCGCAGAGACAUAUCUUGGAUGAUGAUGCUCUUGGGGUAAUGAUGCUAUUGGCUUUGUGGUGUAUGGACAAGCUUGAAAUAGUUUUGUUUCGCUCGCUUCACGCAAGAAUCCUGCCGGGGGUUGAACCGUGGUAUUGGAAUCAGUGGGAGAGAGCCUUAGCUGUGUGGGAGAGCGGUGUGAAGCGUUCUGUAGAUCAUGGGGGUAUUGGAAGUGUUCGAAGGGAUUCUUAGAUUUGGACCUAGCUAUACGUUAGUCUCUAUGUAUAAGUACAUACCGGAUAUGUACCUUUAUUGUUCUCAUAUACGAGAACGUUCAUUUCAUUCGAGCUG